GGGCCCUUCACCAACCGGCAGCCGCCAAUCGCCAGAUAUCGAGUAGACCAAAACGCCAGCUGGCGCUUUCUCGCCCAUCAUGUCUACCACCCCUGGCACCAACGAGGUUGCCCCCCUUGGGAUCGACGAAAAGACCAACAAGCAGGCGUCCAUGACGGACAUCGGCACCGAGAACGAGAAGCCCACGUCGUCGCCCGCGGAAACGCUUGGGGAUGACGACGAUUCCGAGAUGGAGCGCCGCACCUCCAUCGUGCAAGCUCUCGCUCGCACCUAUUCGACCGCAACCGCCACUCACCCCCACGGAAACCCCUUCAAGGCCGGCGAGGAUUCGCCCCUCAACCCUGCUUCGCCCAACUUCAGCGGUCGCGAGUGGGCCAAGUCCAUUGUUGAGCUUGUUCAGCAGGACGGCGCCUCUUUCCGAUCCGCAGGAGUCUGCUUCCAGAACCUGAAUGUCUACGGAUACGGCGAGGCCAGUGACUACCAGAAGGAUGUCGCCAACGUCUGGUUGUCUCUCGGCAGCGCCUUUUCGCACCUCACCGGUGGCAACCGCCAGCGCAUCGACAUCUUGCGCCAGUUCGACGGUGUCGUGCACAAGGGCGAGAUGCUCGUUGUGCUGGGACCUCCUGGCUCCGGAUGUUCUACCAUGCUCAAGACCAUCGCGGGUGAGACAAACGGUCUCUAUGUCGACGACGGCUCCUACUUCAACUACCAAGGUAUGACGGCCAAGGAGAUGCACUCCCACCACCGCGGUGAGGCCAUCUAUACCGCCGAGGUCGAUGUCCAUUUCCCCCAGCUGUCCGUUGGCGAUACCCUCACUUUCGCCGCCCGAGCUCGCCAGCCCCGCAUGCUUCCCCAGGGCCUCAACAGGAACGACUUUGCCGACCAUCUUCGCGACGUUGUCAUGGCCAUGUUUGGCAUCUCUCACACCAUCAACACUCGUGUUGGUAACGAGUACAUUCGAGGUGUCUCAGGUGGUGAGCGCAAGCGUGUCACCAUUUCCGAGGCCGCGCUUUCUGGUGCUCCCCUUCAGUGCUGGGACAACUCCACUCGAGGUCUCGACUCCGCAAACGCUAUCGAGUUCUGCAAGACCCUGCGCCUCCAGACCGAGCUCUUCAACAGCACAGCUGUCGUCUCCAUCUACCAGGCCCCUCAGAGCGCUUAUGAUCUCUUCGACAAGGCCGCCGUUAUCUACGAGGGUUACCAGAUCUUCUUUGGCCGCGCCGAUGCUGCCAAGCAGUACUUUAUCAACCUGGGUUUCGAGUGCCCCGCCCGUCAGACCACCCCCGAUUUCCUGACCUCCAUGACCGCCCCCUUGGAGCGCGUCGUGCGACCUGGAUUCAAGGGCAAGGUGCCCCGUACUCCCGCCGAGUUCGGUGCUGCUUGGAAGAACAGCGCCGAGUACAAGGCCCUGCAGGUCGAGAUUGAGGACUACAAGACCGCCCACCCCAUCGAUGGCCCCGACGCCGAGGCUUUCCGUGCCUCCAAACACGCUCAGCAGGCCAAGGGUCAGCGCGCGAAGUCCCCCUUCACCCUGUCUUACGUUCAGCAGAUUCAGCUCUGCCUGUGGCGUGGAUGGAAGCGUCUUAUCGGUGAUCCCGGUUUGACUAUUGGUGCCUUGAUUGGCAACUUCGGCAUGGCUUUGAUUAUCGGUAGUGUUUUCUACAACCUGGAUGAAACUUCCAACAGUUUCUUCCAGCGUGGUGCCCUCUUGUUCUUUGCCUGCCUCAUGAAUGCCUUUGCUAGUGCUCUCGAGAUUCUGACCCUGUACGCCCAACGACCGAUUGUCGAGAAGCAUAGUCGAUAUGCCCUCUAUCAUCCUUCCGCUGAAGCCGUCUCCUCCAUGUUGUGCGAUAUGCCGUACAAAGUCGCCAAUGCGAUUGUUUUCAAUUUGACGCUGUACUUCAUGACCAACUUGCGACGAGAACCUGGCCCCUUCUUCUUCUUCCUGCUCAUAUCCUUCAUCACUGUCCUGGUCAUGUCGAUGAUUUUCCGAACCAUCGCCUCGGCGUCUCGCACCCUGUUCCAGGCUCUCGUGCCCGCUGCUGUCCUGAUUCUCGAUCUCGUCAUCUUCACCGGAUUCGUCAUUCCUAAACGCUACAUGUUGGACUGGUGCAGGUGGCUCUACUACAUCGAUCCUCUUGCCUAUGCUUUCGAGUCCUUGGUUGUCAACGAGUUCCACAACCGCCACUACGUGUGCAACAGCUUUGUGCCCAGCCCCACAGUUGACGGAUACGCAGACGUCUCACCCGAUAACCGCGUGUGCAGCGCUGUCGGUGCCGUCCAGGGUAAUGACUUUGUCAGCGGUGAUCGAUACGCGGAAAUCAACUUCGACUACAAGUGGGAGCACAGAUGGCGCAACGUUGGUGUCGUCAUCGCCUUCACUGUCCUGUUCUUCAUCACCUACAUGGUUGCCGCCGAGCUGGUUUCCGAGAAGAAGUCCAAGGGCGAGGUCCUGGUCUACCGACGUGGCCACAAGCCCGCUGUUGUUGCCAACGCCGAGAAGCACCACAGCGAUCCCGAGGCUGCCAUGGCCCACAUUGGUCCCGUUGUCACUGCUGAACGCACUCGAAGCCGAGUCCAGAAGGACGCUGGUGGUAUGCUUCAGGAGCAGACCUCUGUCUUCCAGUGGCAUGAUGUUUGCUACGAGGUUCAGAUCAAGAACGAAACCCGCCGAAUCUUGGAUCACGUCGAUGGUUGGGUCAAGCCCGGUACUCUCACUGCCCUUAUGGGUGUCUCUGGUGCCGGAAAGACCACUCUCCUCGACUGUCUUGCCGACCGUACUUCUAUGGGUGUCAUCACUGGCGAGAUGCUGGUUGACGGUAACCCCCGUGACAUGUCCUUCCAGCGCAAGACCGGUUACGUCCAGCAGCAGGAUCUCCAUCUCCAGACCUCAACUGUUCGAGAGGCCCUCGGCUUCAGUGCCCUCCUUCGCCAGCCCGCCCAUGUCCCAAGAGCCGAGAAGCUCGAGUAUGUUGAACAGGUUAUCAAGCUUUUGGACAUGGAAGAGUAUGCCGACGCUGUCGUUGGUGUGCCCGGUGAAGGUCUCAACGUCGAACAGCGCAAGCGUCUUACCAUUGGUGUCGAGCUUGCUGCUAAGCCCCCUCUGCUGCUCUUCGUCGACGAGCCUACUUCUGGUCUUGACUCGCAAACCUCUUGGGCCAUUCUUGACCUUCUUGAGAAGCUUACCCAGGCCGGACAGGCCGUCCUCUGCACCAUCCACCAGCCUUCCGCUAUGCUGUUCCAGCGCUUCGACCGACUUCUCUUUCUGGCCAAGGGUGGCAAGACUGUCUACUUUGGCGAAAUUGGCGAACAUUCCGAGACUAUGACCCGCUACUUCGAGCGCAUCAGUGGACACACCUGCCCUACUGAGGCCAACCCUGCCGAGUGGAUGCUGGAAGUUAUCGGUGCCGCGCCCGGAUCUCACUCUGACGUCGAUUGGUUCCAGGCAUGGCGCGAAAGCCCCGAGUACAAGGCCGUUCAGGAUGAGCUGGAGAAGAUCAAGCGUGAGAAGCAUGCCCCUGCCGACAUCCACGAGGAUCCCGGUAGCUACCGCGAAUUCGCCGCUCCUUUCAUGGUCCAGCUCAACGAGGUCCUCUAUCGUGUCUUCCAGCAGUACUGGCGUACCCCCGUCUACAUCUACUCUAAGGCUGCGCUCUGCACUCUUAUCGCCCUGUUCAUUGGUUUCAUCUUCUACGAUGCCCCCAACAGUAUCCAGGGUCUUCAGAACCAGAUGUUUGCCAUUUUCAACCUGCUCACCAUCUUCGGUCAACUCGUCCAACAGUCCAUGCCCCAAUUCGUCAUCCAGCGUUCGCUUUACGAGGUCCGCGAGAGACCCUCCAAGGUGUACUCAUGGAAGGUCUUCAUGCUGUCUCAGAUUAUUGUCGAACUCCCCUGGAAUGCCCUGAUGGCCGUCAUCAUGUUCUUCUGCUGGUACUACCCUGUCGGACUCUACAACAAUGCCUCCGCUGCCGAUCAGUUGACUGAGCGUGGUGCUCUCAUGUUCCUGUUCCUGUUCAUGUUCCUCAUCUUCACUGGAACCUUCUCGACAUUCAUCAUCGCCGGUUUCGAGACCGCUGAUGCCGGUGCCAACAUCGCCAACUUGUUGUUCAUGCUCUGCUUGAUCUUCUGUGGUGUUCUGGCUACCUCCGACUCUCUUCCCCGCUUCUGGAUCUUCAUGUACCGAGUGUCGCCGUUCUCAUAUCUCGUAAGCGGUAUGUUGUCAGUGGCGGUCGCCAAUGUCGAUGUCAUCUGCGCGAGCAACGAGUUCCUCACGUUCAACCCCCCGUCGAACAUGACCUGCGGCGAGUUCAUGGACCCGUACAUUGCCAAGGUCGGCGGCUACCUUGCCGACAAGGCCGCCACGACUGCCUGCGAGUUCUGUUCCAUCUCGGACACCAACACCUUCCUCGCUGGCGUCGGCGCUUACUACAAGGACCGCUGGCGCAACUUCGGUCUCCUCUGGGUCUACAUCUUCUUCAACAUCGGUGCCGCCCUGGUUGUCUACUGGCUGGUGCGCAUGCCCAAGAAGGCCAAGACCCCCAAGAAGGAGAAGGCGACCUAAGACGGGAGGCCGAUACCAAACUGAAUGAACGAAAAGAAACCAUACGAAAUGGGAAAUACCAAUCUUUUGCUCAAUCUCUCAGAAAAUGAUCUGAUCGAGAUGUUUUUCCUUUGCUUUUGUUAGAUGUUUAUGGAUGGGAGUUACCCAGAUAGAUGGCAUAAUACUGCCCUGUAUACACGAUAGACCUGUAUGUAAUACGACAACAGAGGGAUCACAAACCCACGUCUCAAUUCAAUUAUCUACUUCAAUAUUCAAUUCUCUCUUGUGACUCUUGACUCGCAACCAGCUUGAUUGAAGAGCACUCACUACCUUU